AAACAUUUAAAUAUUGUAUUAAACGUGUAGAAAAUAGCAAAAAUAAAACAAAUGUCAAAAUAAAUUAAAAAAAUAUUGCCAAAACGCCAUGUAUAGCAACAAAAACAUAGGACGUACUGUUUCGUCUAGUGCAUCAUUUGAAGAGGAUGUGGAUGGCUUCAAUGGCAACAAACAGGAAGGAACAACUAAACAUAAACUAAGAACUGAACAACCAUUUACGAAAACGGCCAAUAAUGGCAAUCAAUAUGGUUUGUCAACAAAAGUGGCUCUGGGGCGGCUACACGAUGAAAUAGAAAAAAUGUUAAAGGGUUAUGAACUGAAGUGGAGAGAAGAAAGCUGUUAUCGUCAGGUGCGUUCUGCUUUCGUAAAACGCUAUGACAGUCCGCUGGGUUGGUCAUCGAUUGCCACCUCAUUGUUUACAACCAUAGCACUACUUAUCUCUUGUUCGUAUCUUGCCGCAUUAUGUUUAGCAGCUAUCUUAUCACUGAAUUUGUAUAUCGUAAUACGCGAAAAUAAUUUAAGACGCACUGAAAUCUAUCGCAAAUGUCGGGCGGCUUUGAAUGACAUACGCUUAGCCGAGUUGGAAUUAUGUAGUGAUUGGCAGCCACAUAAUUAUCCUCAUAUUUGUUGUCCUCUAUCACCGUGCGUUUCAUUGCAGUGGACAUAUCGUGAUGGUAUUAUUGUGAAUUUACCCUGGGCUUUGUUGGUCAAGGGCGAUUAUAUUGUUUUGCGACCGGGUCACAUAACGCCGGGACCUUGUGCGGAGGUAAAUGGCAAAAAAUCAUUUAAUGCCCAUGAAAUAUAUGGUGUGGCGCAAACUGCUGAGCCACCUAUGAAGCCAAUUGCGCGAAGCCCUUUACCAGAUUUGGUAUGUUGUUUGGGAAAUACACCGUAUUUGACGAAUUUAAAAUUAAUAUUGGAAAAUUCACUUAAACGACCGCCUACCAUAUACAAUCAGCAGAGAUAUUUGUUGGUCACCAAAUACAUCCAGCAAUGGGGUUUCAUUUGUGCCCUUAUCGUAACACUUUUCGCUGGAAUUUUACGAUUGCAUGGCUUUGGCCUAUCAACUUCAACAGAUGGUCAUUACGAAUGGAUGGACAUGCUUAUAGUAUCCCCCGCCUCGGCCGUAAUUCCAUUAUUACCCUUAAUAUUUCCUCUCAUGUGGAUUUCCAUGAAUCUUUGGGGCAUCGCACGCCUACAGUGUUUUCUACGUACGCCUCAGAUUGUCUUGGGCAAGGAUUCAGAGAAAUCAUUUGAAGAGGAUCUCGAUACACCGUCGUUUGAUUAUGAAAAUGUUGCUUUGCAUCGUUCCAAGGUGUUUCGUAAUUGGCUACAAAUGUGGCAGGGUAACAGUGAAUUAUUGCCACGUUCGGCAAAUGUGGUGCAAGUUUUGGGUUCUAUAACCGCCUUGUGUUGUGUAGACAAAAAGGGUAUACUGUCGUGGCCAAAUCCUACCGCAGAGAAGGUAUUUUUCCUACACGAUACCGAUGACACUAAUUUUGAAGAGAAAAGUUGUCAAACUUCAAUGAAUUCAGAAAGUGAUAUACCCGAUCAUACAGUACAAAAAGGUAAUGGUAUAGUAGCAGAAGUUUUGGACUUGACUCAUGAUCAACAUUGUCCCUUUCGCUUGGAGUUCGAUGAUCAGGAAUGGAAGAAUCAUAUAAAAUCAUUAAAGCCUUUGGGUCUUGCUAUUCUCUUAAAUACCUGCUCUCCCUUAACUCAUGACCACUAUGCUCAAUUCUGUGGCCAUGUUACUGCUGUUGCUAUGCUGGAUAAGGAUUUGGUGCCUGUUACAAAUCGGUAUGCGAUCGUAGAGUCCAGUAUGAAAAGCUUUUUGCAUGGACGCUGUUUAUGUGAGUUGGCCAAACAGAUUGGUUUUACAGAUCAUGCCACCGAUCGUUUUACGCUGGAGGGUCAGUUGGCCACCUAUCGACAUUUGCAACCCGAUGUGGUGCGUAGAGAUAUACGCUUUGCCCGCCAGCUGCAAUUAUCGUCUAAAGUAAAAGUUCCUUUUCCCCACUCAUUGUCGGUGGUAAUGCGUGAGAAUCCGGGUGGUUAUCUGUCGCUCUUUACCCAGGGCACAGCGGACAUUAUUUUAGAUUGUUGUGAUGAUUUUUGGGAUGGUGAGGAUUUGCGUCCACUGUCGCCUCAAGAUCGUAAGAGAGCUUUGGAUUUCUAUCAGCGCAGUGCCUUGACGGCCUACUGUACCGCCUUUGCAUACCGACCCCUCAGACAUGGCAUAAAUGGUGCCUUAAGCGGCGGACCCAAUAAAAAUGGUGGCAAUAUAGCCUACUUAGAAUUGCCGCCGGAAUCGAAGCUGCGCAUGCAACAUGUGGACAAAAUGCACUGUGACUUUGAGUGUGGCCAUGGCAAAUUGAGUCACAGCAUUAGCACGGAUUCUCUGCUAUUUUCGGAGAGCAAAGAGGACGACAUCACCGAUGUGGAGGGCUGUUUCGAGAUGCAAUGUCAUCAGGUGUUUAUCGGCAUGGUGACAAUGCAGUAUCAGGCUCAGACAGACAUAGUACAGCUUGUGGAACGUCUCGAACGGGCCUGUAUACGUUUUGUCCAUUUCAGCAAAGAGAACGAAUUGCGGUCCCGUGUUUUCUCUGAGAAGAUGGGUCUGGAAUCCGGUUGGAAUUGUCACAUUUCACUGCUAAGUGAAUCGGAUGAGAAGAUGGCCAAUGCGGGCGGUGUACAAUCGCCAAAAACCACUGGUAAACUUGAUUACUCUAACAACGUUAACAAUAUGACUACCACUACUACUACCUCCACCACCACCAAUCCCCCUACCAUAACCUCGACUUCUCAUGCUAAUAAAACCAUAAUCACCGCCAUUAAUUGUACAACUACUACCACUACUACUACUACAACCAGUACCGCUAUUACUACUACUACUUCUACUACCAUUAACAAACGUUCAUCUUCAGUAAUAAAUCAUGAUGUGAUUGAAUUCAUACAACCACCACCACCACCAACGUGUUCCACCACCACCACAACCACUGCCAUUAUAACAACAACAACUUCAGCUACAUCAGACACUCAUGAUAAUGAUAAUUCCAUUGAAAUCCAAAUUUUAGGUAAUGUAGCCACUGAUGAUGAUUCCUCCGAUUUGAAUUAUCUAUUGCCACCACUUACUAAUCUAGAGUCUUCCAAGACACUGAGUUCUUCCGCACCCGGAGCCAUAUCCAACCAUCUGAUGCAGGUGGCCGACAACAACGAAACCUGCUCCAAUGCCAGCCUGGCCGGUUCCCGUGAAUCACUCAACGAAUCCUUAAAGGCCAGUCGCAGACGUCAAUCUCAAGAUUCGGCCUUAGACGAGAAUUGUCGUUCGAUUAGCAUUUUAACGGAGAGCACCGAACAAAGUGCCCCCGUACACUUUGACAUGUCCAAUAGAGCCAAAUUACCCCGCGGCAUUGAGAAUAUAAGGCCCCACUUGGAGAAGGUGGAUAAUGUUCCUUUACAAGUUUCGCUCUUCACCGACUGCUCGGCCGAGGCCACCACGCAAAUGUUGGAAAUAAUGCAAUCGUAUGGCGAGAUAGUAGUCUGUUUGGGUUCUUCAGCUAGUAAUUUGAAUGCUGAAAUAUUUCUGCAGGCCGAUUGCGGCAUAGCCGUAGAGCCCUUAUAUCCUCAAGUAUGUCAGGACAUUGAGGCCUACACCGAGGCCAAUAUAAUCAAUAAUAAGCUGAAAAUAAAGCGCAAAUCAGUUGCUGCACCCAACAACGACAUAACAGAAGAAUUUGCAGCCGAGGAACUGCUGGAAACAGGACAAUAUGGAGCCACUAGUGGCAAUGCUCGUCCUAUGCAAUGUCCCGGCAACACUAUAUCACCCAUUUACCUAAGCCGCAUUCUAAACUCCCUGCCCUGCUCAAUAUCGGUGAAACGUGAAGAUCCUCUCUCUCUGGUGGCCAUAAUAGAGCUGUCGCGUCGUUUUUCUUCCGGUCUCUGGAAUUGCAUACAGUUUUGGGCGUGCUGUGGCGGUGCUCUGUCAUUAAUCAAUAUUUUGAGUGCGUGUUUGUCGCUGAGACCCCUGCUAACGCCCUUAAUGGUUAUUUAUAUCAUGUGCAUACCAGUGCCUUUAAUAUCGCUGGCUUUGGCUCACAUCGAUUUGGAUCCGAAAAUAAUGAAUCGUGCCACGGGCAAAAAACAAACUGAAUAUGACUCUAGGGUGUUUGGUUUCGUUUUGUGGUGUUACGGCUGUAAAUUUCUAACACCCAUUUUGGUAAUGAUUUUAUCAUAUUGUGCAUUUAUGGAUCAUCCUAUAAAGAUAAUGGAUACCGAUAGUGAUGAUAAACAUAUCAAUUUACAGAUCGCACGCAUAUUCUCCACAAUUGGCAUUUUAUUGCAUUUUGUUACAGUUUCUGCAUCUUUUGUCCAUCGAGAUCAUUCUUUGUGGCAAAAGAAUCCCUUCCGUAAUCGCAUUUGGGCAUUUGGUUGUUUCUGUAUAUUAGUUUUUCACUCGUUUUUAUGUACGGCCGAAAUUUUACUUAAUGAUGAAGUUCAUGAUCAGUUGAAUGAUGCCUGGCCAGUAAUUGUUUUUCUAUUUGUGGGCUGUUUAAUAAGUUUGUUGGUGUCUGAAAUUUGUAAAUGGCAAGAAAUAAAGGUUAAUACACGCUAUCAACGACGAGCCCGUUUAGAUUUUGGUACAAAAUUGGGCAUGAAUUCACCUUUUUAGGUAGACAUAUCUAGUAGAUUUGCUACUAUUUAUACUUUCUAUGCAACAAAAGACUUUUUGAUGUUUGCGUUUAAUAGAUUUGGCAAAGAUUUCGCCAAUACAACGUAAAUAUUUUUAACAUUUUUUUUAUAUCUAAAGAAAAAAACCAAUGGCCGGAUACUUUCUGUUUAUAUUCAUUAAUUUAAACUGUGUUCAAAACUGCGUUUCCUGUUUAUUUUUUUUUUUAUUUAAUCAAAC